AUGGAUUUGCGUAAACGGGUUUGGAGUAUCUGCGCAGCGGUUGGCUUGGUGCUCUUAGUCAGUGAACAUUCACGCUGUGAAAAAAACUGGGAGGUUCCUCGCUUUGACGGCUGGUACAACAGUUUGGGAAAUCCCAGACGCGGAGCUGUCGGUUCUCACCUUGUGCGUCUCGUGCCCGCGCAUUACUGGGACGGAGUCUACCAACCUGUCCAUGAGCCGCUGCUGCCAAACCCCCGCAGAUUGAGCAGCCUGCUAACCGAGGGACCCUCCGGUCUGCCCUCAACACGCAACCAGACCGUGCUCUCUCUGUUCUUUGGUUAUCAUGUUUCUUUUGAAAUGUUCAACUUAAGAACUCCCGGGUGUCCACCUGAGUUCAUGAACAUCCCAGUCCCAAAAGGUGACCCUGUCUUUGACCCCACUUCCACCGGAAAAGUCCGGCUGCCCUUCCAGAGAGGACUGUGGGACAAAGAGUCCGGCCAGAGUCCCAGUAACCCUCGCAUACAGGUGAACUUGGUAACAGCGUGGAUAGAUGGCAGCUCCAUCUACGGCCCCUCCACGUCCUGGUCCGACUCCCUGAGAAGCUUCUCUGGAGGGCUCUUGACUUCAGGCUCUGAGUGGAACAUGCCCUAUCAGGCGACAGGACGCAGUCUCAUGUGGAGCGCCGCUGACCCCUCUACAGGGGAUCAGGGACCCAAUGGCCUUUAUGAGUUGGGAAAUGCCUGGGCCAAUGAGAACACGUUCACGGCAGCAGAGGGGAUUAUCUGGUUUCGCUACCACAAUUAUGUAGCCUCCAAACUGCAUGAGGAACACCCAGAGUGGUCAGACGAAAAGCUGUUUCAAAACGCCAGGAAGACCGUUGUGGCCACCUUCCAGAAUAUUGCUCUUUACGAAUGGCUGCCUGGAUAUCUUGGAGACAAAAAGCUUCCUCCUUAUCCAGGUUACCAGAAGUUUAUUGAUCCGGGGAUCUCUCCUGAGUUCCAGGCUGCUGCAAUACGAUUUGGCAUCACUAUGGCCCCACCUGGUGUUUACAUGAGAAACAGAACCUGCCAUUUCCAGAAGAUUGUCAACGUAGAUGGCAGCUUAUCACCAGCAAUACGUCUUUGUAACAGCUUUUGGAAACGUCAGCGAGACAAUGUGAAGACGAGCCAGGACUUGGACAACCUGCUCAUGGGCAUGGCUUCCCAGAUUGCAGAGAGAGAAGACAACAUUGUUGUGGAGGACCUGAGAGACUUCAUGUACGGGCCGCUAAGGUUCACACGGUCAGAUCUGGUGGCCAUGACCUUGCAAAGAGGAAGAGACUAUGGCCUGCGCAGUUACACUGAGGUCAGAAAAGCUCUGGAUCUGCCUCCUGUCAAGACAUUUGAAGACAUCAAUCCUGAGCUCAACAGCACCAACCCACAGCUGCUCCAGGAUGUUGCAGAGCUGUACAGCAGAGACAUCUCAAAACUGGAGCUCUUCCCUGGAGGACUGCUGGAGUCUCUCGAUGGUCCGGGUCCAGUUUUCUCCGCCAUAAUCUUGGACCAGUUUGAACGCAUCAGAAACGGAGACCGCUUCUGGUUCGAGAACAAACUGAAUGUUUUGUUCACGGAUGAGGAGAUUCAGAUGAUCCGCAAUGUGACCUUUCAUGACGUCCUUAUCGCAGUCACAAGUGCAGAAGCCACUGAUAUACAAAAGGAUGUGUUCUUCUGGAAGGAUGGUGACCCUUGUCCUCAGCCCACACAGCUGAAUGCUUCGAUGCUCCAUCCCUGCACUAAUGCGACCAAACUUAAUUACUUUGACGGCAGCAAAGCUGGCUUUGGGAUAUUCAUCGUUGUUCUGUUCCUCUUUCCUGUUGUCAGUUUUCUGGUGGCCUGUAUGGUGGCGUAUCUCCGCAAGUACAGGUACAGAAAGUUCCAGAGAAGAAGUAAAGCUGGUGACAAAACAGAGAAGCCAGCUGUGGGAAUCACUGCCUACGAGUGGCAGGGCCAUAAAAAACCUCUGCAUCCCGUCAGCGUGGAGGUCAAGAAGACGAAGCUGCAGGUCUUUGACAGAUCUGGAGCCGCUCACCGCUGCCUCAACCUGGCCAACCAGGACUACCUAGACGUCCUUCUCUCCAAUGACCGGCACCAUAAAGCUCUGCUGCUCAAAGUGUCAAAAGAGUACGACCUGGUGCUGUUUUUUGAUGACGAGAGCAAACGCGCAUCAUUUGUCAAGCAUCUGCGGCGCCCGGAGAUGACAGACUUCAGGCAGGAGAUUAGAGUGAAGGAGAUGAGGGAGAGGGCACUGCUGAAGGAGGCUUUAACCAAAGAGCAGAGGGCUCAGAUUGUGGAAACUUUCAUUCGACACGCUUUCUCUAAGGUCUUGGAGAUAGAGAAGCGUGACGCUGGCGACAUGAGUGGCGUUUCCCGCAAAAAAGCCAGAGAGGUCCUCGAGUGCGAGCUGACAGCGUCUGAGUUUGCCGAUGCACUGGGCCUCAAGUCCGACUCCUUAUUUGUAGACUCCAUGUUCACACUCGCCGAUAAAGAUGGAAACGGUUACCUCUCCUUCCAAGAGUUUCUUGAUGUGAUGGUGAUCUUUAUGAAAGGGUCUUCUGAGGAAAAAUCCAAACUGAUGUUCUCCAUGAACGACAUUGGUGGAACUGGUUUCUUAUCGAAAGAAGAAUUCGCCAGGAUGCUCAGGUCAUUCAUUGAAAUCUCCAACGGUGCUCUGUCAAAGAGCCAGGCAGAAGACGGCAUCAAGUCCAUGAUGCAGGCCGCAGGCUUUGAUGACAAGGAAAAAAUCUCAUGGCAGGACUUCCAUUUCCUCCUCAGGGACCACGAGAAGGAGCUGCAAUUCGCCCAACUCAAUGUCAAAGGGAUGGAGAAACAGGGGAAAAAGCGGCUGAGUCGAGACCAGAGAGUGUCCUUCAUCUGUCCAGGAAACAGCAGCAACAAGACAGAUGGAUCGGAGUUACGCAGACGGAAAAAGUUAUCUGUCAACACCCCAAAUGUCUAUGUGAAGCCCAAGCGUGAGCAGUACAUAAGGAACCCAAUCCAGCAAAAGAUCCAGCACUUCAAACGCUUCAUUGAGAAUUAUCGCCGUCACAUCGUCUGCUUCACCGUCGUGUACGGCAUCACGGCUGGCGUGGCACUUGAAAGAUGUUACUACUACGCUUUGCAGUCCGAUGCGACGGGUAUCCCCGAGACUUCUGUGGUGGGCAUCGUCGUCUCCCGUGGCUCAGCCGCCUCCAUCUCCUUCCUGUUUCCCUACAUGCUGCUCACUGUGUGUCGCAACCUCAUCACACUGUGCCGAGAGACAUUCCUCAACCGAUACAUCCCCUUCGACGCCGCCAUCGAUUUCCAUCGCUUCAUGGCCAUGACUGCCAUCCUCCUUUCAGUUGUUCAUACUUUGGGCCAUGUGGUCAACAUCUACAUCUUCUCCAUCAGCGACCUCAGCAUCCUGUCUUGUCUGUUCCCCAAAGUCUUACCCAAUAACGGGUCUGAACUUCCUCUGAAGUGGUCAUGGUGGUUCUUUCAAACUGUUCCAGGAAUGACUGGUGUCCUGCUUCUUUUGACUUUUGCAUUUAUGUAUGUUUUUGCCUCACACUAUUUCCGUCGCAUCAGCUUUCGUGGAUUUUGGAUCACACAUUACCUCUACAUUGUCGUGUACAUUCUAACAGUUAUUCAUGGCAGUUUCGCCCUGCUCCAAGAGCCGCGUUUCUAUAUCUACUUAAUUCCACCUGCACUGCUCUUCCUGCUGGACAAACUGAUCAGCUUGAACAGGAAGAAUGUGGAGAUCCCGGUAGUGAGAGCUGAGCUGUUGCCUUCAGGUGUGACACAUCUGGAGUUCAAGCGACCACAGGGCUUUGUGUACCGUUCAGGCCAGUGGGUUCGUAUUGCGUGUCUGAUGUUGGGCACAGAUGAGUACCACCCAUUCACACUGACGUCAGCCCCGCACGAAGAGACCCUGAGCCUGCACAUCCGAGCUGUGGGGCCCUGGACCAGCCAGCUCCGAGACCUCUACACCGAUGAAAGCCUGCUCGAGAUCGGAGCCUAUCCAAAGCUGUACUUGGAUGGGCCGUUUGGUGAGGGCCAUCAGGAGUGGAUUGACUUUGAGGUGUCUGUUCUGGUGGGAGGAGGAAUUGGAGUCACCCCAUUCACCUCCAUCCUAAAAGACCUGGUGUUCAAGUCCUCCAUGAAGUCGAAGAUUCUGUGUAAAAAGGUGUACUUCAUCUGGGUGACACGAACACAGCGUCAGUUUGAGUGGGUGUCUGACAUCAUCAGGGAGGUGGAGGAGAUGGACACCCAGGAGCUGAUCUCAAUCCACACUUACAUCACUCAGGUGGCCGAAAAGUUCGACCUCCGCACCACCAUGCUGUAUGUGUGUGAGCGCCACUUUCAGAAGGUGUGGAACCGCAGUCUCUUCACCGGCCUGCGGUCCGUCACCCACUUUGGCCGGCCGCCCCUGGUGUCCUUUCUCAGCUCACUGCAGGAAGUUCAUCCCGAGGUGGGGAAAAUUGGUGUUUUCAGCUGUGGACCACCUGGAUUAACUAAGAACGUGGAGAAAGCCUGCCAGCAGAUGAACAAGAGGGAUCAGGCACACUUUAUACAUCACUAUGAGAACUUCUGACUUGUCCCUCAGCAAGGGAAUACAUGGUUACAAGGAACUAUGAGCCACUUUCCACUGACGAAUAUGAGUUACUGCAGCAGAUAAUAACAGAAUCACAGAGACGAUGUAGGAAGUUUUGAUGUUAUGUUAUAUAUUUUUCCGGCUGAUUAAAUGUUCUUCUGUACAUCUUUAUUCUCUAAUCAUGCCUAUUGUUGUUACAAUCAUUUC